UCCUAGCAACCAGCAUGGCGACGGUAAAGCUUCGCUUUUUAUUAGUUUGAGCUCGGUGUUUAUUUGGUUAUUUUGUUACGCUGACAUGUUCAAACUUAAGUACAUCGAGGUUGCUGGAUGCGCACGAGAUCUGUCUUCGCUCCUGGGUAAUAUAUUUGAAGAACAUGGGAUUCGAUGAAUUUACCAAUUCAAUGGAAUCGAGAGCAGGUAGUGGAUCAUCUCGCUCAGGAUUCAGCUCUGGACCGAGAGGACAGACUUUAAAAAGUAGUCCUUUCUGUCCUCGCUCUUCCAGCAAGUUGGCACAAUCCAUUAUUAAAGACCACAUGGUUUCUCAUUACAAAAUGAUUUACUCAGCUAAAGCUGCCGUAGAUACCUCAGUACCCAAAAGUUUGUUGCAGAGUGUUAAGUACAAUGACCGGAUCAGGAACAAUCAGCUGAAGAAGGGGCUUCGUCCUCAUUCAGCUUUCUCGUUCUCACAGAGGAAUGGCCGAACUUCCAGGUCCUCAACUCGGAGCCAAUUAUCUGUGCAGUGUGAUGAGAGCCCCUACCUCUGUUCAAGAAGCUCCAGCAUCUCCAGCCCAAGGUUCCCCACCUCCUUCAGCGCUAAGGAUGUAGCAUACCCAUCCAGUAAAGUCGGUCUCUACCACAGCCGCCCUUCGUCUGAGAUGAAGUACCGCAGCCCAGAUGAGGCUUUUCAUAGAAAGCAGUCAACAUGUUCACUGGUAGCUUUAGAAGACCAGGGAGCCUACAAAACCUUCCAGGACCCUGUGAAGAAGACAUACAGUGGAGACCUGCUGCAGAAACAUUCGCACCACUUUACUCAGGGGAAACCAUUCACCCCCAAGACCCUGAGGUCAGAUAAGAGCUCAUAUCUGGCAAAAUAUCGCUUCUACAGAGCACCGCAGGUCAAAGCUCCUCAGGAYGGCAGCAGCUCAGGACAAGUGCAGCAGGACACAAGUGAGAUAAGGACAAAAUGUGCCACCUUCUGGAAGAACUGCGCAAAGAACUGGAAGAGCCAACCAACAUGUUCUCCUCUAAAACAGAAACCGAUUCACUUGAUGCAAUAUUUUCACAUCUGGAAUCUGGGUGGAGAGAAGCGAAGAGUAAAGAAGACACUGACCCUUUAACUCACGAGUCACUGAUCAAUAGCUGGGAUUUGUCACGUUAUGACGAUCCUUCCUCUGUAAGAAAUACACCUGCARCCAAAGCAGAUGGAGAUGAGAUAAAGAGUGACGACGAUAAAAAGGGCUUKGACUCAGCUUUACUCAGUGAUGAAUUUUCAAAUAAUCCAGGUGACAGUCAAGAGGGCUUCCAUCAAGUAGACCCAGCUGCAACAAAAGUUGAUGAGAACUGUGAGCACUCCAUUACAAACAGCGAUCUUAAGCAAGGUGACAUAAACUUUGACGGAGAAGUCAAAGAGCUUGAGGAUCUGGGAAAUCGUCUGUCAGAGAUGUUGCAUGUGUCCAGAAGCACACACUCACAGGAACCUGCCAAYGGAGCUGACACAAAUAGUGCUGCCUCUGACAGUGAUGAUGAUUUCUAACUGUUUUUUUUACUCAGGGUUUGAAUUUCUUCUUAUGUUUGGUUAUCAAAAAGUGUUGUUCUGAAAUGGAGUGGAAUAUUUUAAGGACAUGAAAGUAGGCUAUAGCUAUUAAUCGUUCACUACUGGUUUACUAUGUUUUGAAACUCACUGAAUAGCUGUUUUUUUAUUUUUAUUUAUUUUCCCCAAAUCUAAUGAAAAUGUCUAUUGUACAUUGCAGUUUUAUUUCUAUAAUUUAUAGCUUUAUUAAAUUUACUGUUGUAGAAUUAGUGACUCUAUAGUCAUAACAUAAGCAUUGUGUAUUUAAAGUUUUCAGUUAUAAAGAACUAUGUAAUAAAGAAAGUACAGUAUAUUCUCCUCAGGUGUUUCACUUCUGACAUGUAGUGACCAAACUGUCUUUCACCAGAGUGUCUUUCAAUUGCAAUAAACUGUUUAUKCUUGUC